AUGACAACUACAAUUCAAUUACAACCAUCAAUUCAAACAAUAACAAAUAUAAUCAAUGAAUAUGAACAAGAAAUUCAGAAUUUAAAUCUUCCCAAUUUAAUAACAUUAAUUAAUCAAGGAGAUCAACAAAAAACUAAUUUAUUAAAUAAAUCACCAUAUUUAUUGAAAUUAAAUAUACAAAUAAUUCAACAAUCAUUAGAAAAUCAAUUAAAAAUUUUAAAUUCCAAUUAUAAAAGAAAUAAAAAUUAUAAACAACUAAAGCAUAAGAUUGAAUCAUUGCUUAUAGAUUUAAUUGAUGAAAAAAUUUAUAUAUUAAAUAAAUUAAUAAAAUUAUAUAAUUUUCAAAAUUCACCAAUAAUUGAAGAGAAAAUAGAUCGAGAAGAUGAAAAACAAUCACAGAAUGAAUCAUCUGUACUUAAGAAUAGAAAAACCCUAAAGACGACAGAAACAGAAUCAAAAAAUUUAGAAGAAUUAAGAAAAAGAUUAUUAUCAUCAAACACCAAGUCUUCAUCAAUUGAACAAGAUGCAACAACAUCAAAUGAAUAUCAUGAAUCAAUCCAAACAGAUAUAAUAAAUGAAUUAACAUCAUUAACAUCACAUUUAAAAACAAGUGCUCUUACCUUAAGUUCAAAAAUUUUAGGUGACGACCUAAAUAUAAUAAAUGAAACAAAUGAAAAUUUAAUUAAAAAUUCUCAAUAUUUUAAAAUUAUUGAAAAUAAUUUAAAUAAUUAUUUGGGAAACAAACUGGGUAAUAAAAUUAGUUUAUGGUUUUUAAUUAAAUUAUCUGUUUUUUUGGUUGUUGUUUUUAUUGUUAUGAUUUUAUUUAUUGGAAUUAUUCCAAGGAUUAGAUAA